AUGUAUGUAACAGUAGGUGCCAACGACAUCCUCCUAACGGUGAACGAUUAUGUGAACAAAGAGACAUCCACAUAUCAGAUAAGUGACAUAAACAAUGAAAUGAGAAUAAGUGAAAUAAUUAACAAAAUUAAAGUAAAAAAAAACUACACAUAUGAUAAUACCUCCUUAGUACUGUACUUUGCAAGAGUGGAAUGCAAAUUAGAUGAGAAGCUUUCUACUUACAAUAAGUCCAACAGGAAGACUGUAAAACUGGAGUUAUAUUUGGCCAACUUAAUUACCAUUCAUGUGAGAACAUUACAAUCCUGUGGGUCGGGAACUAGCAGGUGCAUUCCCUUUUGGUCCUUCUGCUUCAGACAGACUAUCAAAAUAAAAAUAAUCGACACGUGUGAAGUUCGCGUGCUGAAGCAGAGAAUAUACAACCUUACCGAUGAGGCCACUUCCAUCCCGGUGGAGAACAUCGUCCUGCUGUAUAAGGGCGCGCCCCUGAACAACUUCCUCACGCUGAAGGAAUCCGAACUGGUGGAUAACUCCCGAAUCGACUACUUCGUGCCCAUGUGCUACGUGUACAAAGAGAAGAAGGCGGGGAUGCCAGGCUCAGACGAUGAAAAUGAUGAUGAUGAGAAUGAUGAUAGUGACGCGAUUGUGAAGAACGCACAAGGGAAAGGUAACAGGGGGGUAGACGAGAAGAAGGGGAAAGACGAAACUGGCACCAUGAGCAACAGUAUUGCUAAGAGCGAAAGUGUUGUGAGAAGCGAAAGCGCAGUCAAGAGCGAGACCAGCAUGAAGCAACCCACCCCGAGGAAGGCACCUACUCCGACGAAGGAAUUUACUCCGAGGAAGGAACCCACCCCGAAGAAGGAACCCACUCCGAAGAAGGAACCCGCUCCCAAAAGGGGAAACACACAAAGAAGGGAAAACACUGCUAAAAGUUUCAAUACACAGAGUAGGCAAAAUUCCAAAGCGGGAACGCAAAAAAUGUACAGCAGAGGGAAGUAA